AGUGAGAGAGAGAGAGAGAGAGAGAGAGAGUAAGAGAGAGAGAGAGAAAGAGAGUGAGAGAGUGGGAGUGGGCAGGUGGAGAAGGUGGAGGCAGAGAGUGUCAAACUGUGAGGGGAAACGAGAUGAAGGCAGAGAAGCAGCAGAGGGAGGGAGGAGAAGAAGAAGAGCUAUCAUUCCUCUAGCACGCUGAGAGAAACCAGUGAGGAGCUUUCCUUAUGAGCACCAGCGAAGCACAAAUUCACUCUCGCUCUCUGCCAGAGUGAGAGGGGGAGAGCGAGAGAGUAAACGAGAGAGAGAGAGGGACACUACUCCACCGCUGACGGUGUGAACACAACGAGGAGUGAAGAGAGAGGGAGAGGGAGAGAGAGGCAGAGAAGCACAAGACUAGCCACAGGGAAGGAGAGAGAGAGAGAGAGAGGACGGAGGAGAGACAGAGUGGAGGGAGGGAAGAGAAGGAUGAGGGAGGAGUGGAGAGAGAAGACAGACGCUGAUCUUUGACUGUGGAGGACCGUGUGCGAGUGUGUGAGCGUGAAGGAGUGUGCUUGUGAGACUGGGUGCGAUGGUUCCUGCACACUGUAAGUCUCAGUGCAUGGCAGAGCGUUUAGACUGCGAGUCUGGUUUCAUUGUGUUGAGUGGUGUUUUAUCAGACAUAGCACAGUGGCUGAGGGAUUACGACAGCUGGGGAGAUAGUGUGAGACCCAUCUAUGUGUGUUGUGGUAGCAAGCAGGGGCAGCUGUGUGUGUGUGUGUGUGUGUGUGUGUGUGUGUGUGUGUUUGUUUGUGUGAAAGAAGCAGGGCAGCUGGAGACAGAGAUAGGUAGAGAGGCCAGGUACACCUAGAGGGCAGGUUCACAGAGAGAGAGAGAACCCACGUGAGGACAGAACAAGUGAAAACAGGGACACCAACUCUGCCACCAGAUACAGAGCUUGUAUGUGUGCGUUUGCACAGCGGCAUACAGAGAAGCACCGGUCCAGUCAUCUCAGGUCAGCGCAGCGGGGGUCCAGGGAUAUCCGUCAGGCAGCUAUGGGGGCCUAGUGAGCUAUAGUAGAGGACGCCCUCGGCCCCCAGUCCCACCCAGCAGCAGCGCUCUCUCUUCCCCUCCGGUGGGUAGACGCACGUGGGCCUAGGGCACCUCGAAACCCCGAGGGAGGGCCAACAGCGGGGUUCCUGUACCCAGAGGAGUAACCACGGCCAUCAUGGGGGAGUGGACCAUCCUGGAACGCCUCCUGGAGGCUGCUGUCCAGCAGCAUUCCACCAUGAUCGGAAGGAUUCUUCUGACCGUGGUGGUGAUCUUUCGGAUUCUGAUCGUGGCCAUCGUUGGCGAGACGGUGUACGAGGACGAGCAGACCAUGUUUAUCUGCAACACCCUGCAGCCGGGCUGCAACCAGGCCUGCUACGACAAGGCCUUCCCCAUCUCCCACAUCCGCUACUGGGUCUUCCAGAUCAUUCUGGUGUGUACGCCCAGCCUGUGCUUCAUCACCUACUCUGUGCACCAGUCAGCCAAGCAGCGUGACAGACGCUACUCCUUCCUCUACCCACUGCUGGAGCGUUCGGAUUACGGGCAAAGCGGCACCAGGAAGCUUCGUAACAUCAACGGCAUCCUGGUGCACCACGGCGACGCUGGCGGGAAGGAUGAGCAUGACUGCAUGGAGGUGAAGGAGAUCCCCAAUGCACCGCGGGGGCUCACACACGGCAAGAAGUCCAAGCAGCGCCAGCAGGAGGGCAUCUCGCGCUUCUACAUUAUCCAGGUGGUGUUCCGUAAUGCACUGGAGAUUGGCUUUCUGGUGGGACAGUACUUCCUAUACGGCUUCAGCGUGCCGGGCAUCUUCGAGUGCGACCGUUACCCCUGCUUGAAGGAGGUGGAGUGUUACGUGUCACGGCCCACCGAGAAAACGGUCUUCCUGGUCUUCAUGUUCGCUGUGAGUGGCAUCUGCGUGCUGCUCAACCUGGCAGAGCUCAACCACCUGGGCUGGAAGAAAAUCAAGGCAGCCAUCCGGGGCGUGCAGGCCCGCCGGAAGUCCAUCUGCGAGAUCCGCAAAAAGGACAUGUCUCACCUGUCACAGCCCCCCAACAUGGGCAGGACCCAGUCCAGCGAGUCCGCCUACGUCUGAUGGAGACAGGGCUAAAUGCUGGGUAAUUGAGGGGGCAGGGUAGGGAACGAGUGGGAUGACCAUUCCACUCUCUCUUUUUAGUUUUAAUGGAAAGAGGAGGAGGAGGGGAAGCUGCCAUGGAAUAUUUGGUGCAUUUUUUUUUUACUAUGAGACCAGCUGCACCUGUUCUUGACAUACCUUGUCAUGUGAAUGAUGUUUUGAUUGGGACGUUCCCAAAGGGCUGUGUGGGAGCGUUUGAGGAGCGGCUUCUGGCUGUUGUAGGGUUUUCGGGCCAGGGACGGUGAAGGGGACCGAGGGUUUGGCUAUGUCAUGGUGCUGUUCUGGCUUAUUUCAUCCAUGAUGAAGAGAGCAGUAUGGGUCGUUAACAGAGAAAGAGAGGAAGAGCUGUCGCAGCGAUGAUCGACUCUCCACAAGCAGCGUACAGGGAGUCAACUUUCUAGCCUCUCUUUCCUGGUGUGGAGAGAGAAUGAUGUUCCUCUCAAGCUAGUCUCCAGAGAUUACGAUGACAGAGAGAGACAGUGUUCGGGAGUCCUGGAGCUGGUGCCAGAAGAAGCUGCUGUUUACGUGUUGUCUCCUGGCAAACAAUUAUUAACACAAACACCAUGAAGGAAUGCUGAAAAUAUUUAUUCUCUACUUCUCCACUGCUGGCACCUGCACCAUUGAGACUGAGGGUGGAUGACAGUAACGUCUUCUUCUCCUCUUCUCCUCCGUGUAAACUUUAGAGAGGAACCCAAGGAGGCCACGCAUAAACGACACCUCCACAGUCACAAACCGUUCCCCUCCACACAAAAACACCCCUACGCCGAGUUUCUCUCUCCAGCAUUCCAGUGUGUUGCGUGCGUUUGUGACUGACUGAAAGAAAGAGAAAAAUGAAGUGAAAAAGAGAAAUAGGAGAGUAGAAGAGGAACCUUCUUGCAAUCUCGACGGAGAGGAACCAGAUAAUUUUUUUACUAAUUUAAACGUUUAUGAUAUCAUUAUUAUGAGUUGAUUUAUUCCUUUCGUGACAAAGUUGGUACCAGCCUUUGGAUUUACUUCUUGUUUGAAAGUUCCUGCAUAUUAUUUAAUCUUUUAGUUGAGAGAGUAUAUCAAAAUAGAUAUAUUUAUCUUUAUGGAGGGAGGGGAGGCAAAAAAACAUGGUUGGGAUCAUGGGGGUACUUCAAAUGUAUAAAUAGUCUUGUCUUUUUUUGUUAAUUUCAAAGCAUUUUGUUUCUGAUCGAUGGAACUGAAUUUGUGUCUGAGAGGAGGAUUGCAAGAGGUAUUUGAAAAAGGCAGGUUUACAAAGCAGUGUUUCUAGAAUGAACCAAGUGUCAUCAUGGAUUGUACUCUUGACAGAGAACAUGCUAAUCUACUAGUUUGUGCUGCAUCUCUCUCAUAUGUGGUGAUCAGCAGGCAUGCCUUUAAGAGAAAAGAAAAGAUUGAGGAAAAUACGAAGGAAAAUAUGUAUUGCAGCAUGAUCCCUGAAGACAGGCGGGAGAGCGGCAGACAGAAAGGAACUCUCGUUGGGAAAAGCUAUGUAGCACCAGCAAUAAAAACCCAACACACUCGCUCAACACCACUGAAGACAGGGUUCAGCUUUUCUGCAACAGUGGUACACUCAGUACAAUGCCUUUUGACCCUGCAGUGAGGCCAGACACGGGAGGUGGAGGGGGGGUGUCCUUAUUGUGGAUGUAUUGAGGGAGGGGUAUGCACACUGAGCAGUAGUAGUGUCCAUGGCGAUGACAUUAUAAGAAGGCCAAACAUGACCAGCGAGGUGCAUCACCAUACUGUACAUUGUGCCUCCGUGCCUCUGUGUGUGUGUGUGUGUGUGUGUGUGUGUGUGUGUGUGUGUGUGUGUGUGUGUGUGUGUGUGUGUGUGUGUGUGUGUGUGUGUGUGUGUGUGUGUGUGUGUGUGUGUGUGUGUGUGUGUGUGUUCCUUGGUUUAUGUCCUGUCCAGAGAGAGAAUCCCCAUCAGCAUGAUUCUGCUUGAGUGAAAAUGCUUGGGCCGGAACAUUCUCCUGGUGUUCUACCCCAGGAUCAUAUAGGAACCCUGUAAUGGGGGUCACCCCAAGCACUGCCCAGGGACACACAGCCUGGAGAGUGUAAUGUACAGGCUCUACGAAACACUCUGUAGGGAGCAGGAGAGAGAAGAGGGAGAGAGGGGUUGCUGGAGACAUUGACAUCAACAGCAUGUGUUCUUUUGGCACGUGCGUCUGGUACACUGUAAAACAGAGUAGGCAGCUCAGGUUGGACAUGUUUGGGUUUACAGUGACACCGGCUGGGCCCGGGCCAAACCAACUUCGCAAGCCAAGCUGAGAAAACAGACGUGGGAGAGGAAAUAUGGCUGGAUCCUGGAAAGCCACCAAGCCUCUAGUUGCACAUUUGUUUGAAAAGAACAGGAAAUGUCCUAAACAGAAGGACAGAAAGCCAUGACAAAGUCCUCGCUAGUCAUUCAAUGACAGACGAUUACAACCACAGAGAGACACGCUUCUGGAGAUCGAACCGUUCAGAACUGUCCCCAUGUAAGAUGGCCGACAAAAAGCAGCUCUACGAAAUCACCCUCUCUAGAGUUAUAUCUCUAUGUAUGAGUCCAGCUAUCCACGCUCCUCCUCUCUAUCCUCUCUAUCCUCACUGCUGAUGUGGUUGUAUAGUCUUACUGAGGUGUGACUGGUGAAGUAGCCAGAGAAGGCUCUUUAUUCAUUCAGUCUUGUCUGUGAUUAACCCUCUGAUACUAGUAGAUAAUCUCUAGUAUAGAAUUAGUCCCCUUUUUCAGAGCUCGUUGAAUGGCCGUGGGAUUGGAUGAGGAGGAGCCUUGUUCUUAGAAGACUGCUGAGAGGGCGUAAUAAUAGAGGUUAAGGCCGGGCUUUCUCUAAAUUAUCCUGGGCGCCUCUCUUUAAGAAAACGGUUUGGGAAGGUUGGUCUGAAGUGUAGUAUAGUAGUGUACAUGUCCAGUCCACACGUCUCUCUCCUGCUCUCCUGUCUGGUCUCAUUGAGGGUUAUAUAACAGGGUUGGGAUAAGGACACUUCCCAAAGGGAACACUUCACAGGGUUCUAGUGGUCCAAUGCUCUCUCCAGUCUAUAUGUGAAAAUUAUGCAAUUUUCUUUUCUUAAUUUGUUUCCUUUUUUUCUGGCUUGUGGAUUCAUUUUGUUGUCUUUUGCUCUUUUUUUGUACAGUGAUGUAAUUGAAAGACUUAUCGAAAAAGUAGUUUUUUUCCUAUGUAAAGAGCAAAACAUUUUAAAUGUACAAACUGGGGGGUGUGUUGAAAUGUGAUCACAUGUAUUGUAUCCCUUGCCAAAGUGAUAUGCAAAUGACAUGGGGUUUAAAAUGUAUUCUUUUUUAAGGCAUGCACAAUGGCUAGAAUAAGCAUGUUUCUACCUGUUUUUAGAAACUCAAUCUUUAAAAGAAAGAAGAGGUUUUUUAGUUGUCGUCCAAGCUUUGGAGAUAAAAUGUGUAAUUAAGUCUUGAUGUCAAGAAUCUCUAAUUUCCAACUCUUUUACAAGUCAGUACCAACCCAAGCAGUCAUUUCUAAAUGGAAUGGGGUAAGAUUCAGCCCUGCUCUUUUUUACCACCAUUUUGAGGUACCUUACCUGCUAUAAAAAGAUUAAGAUAUUUGAAACAACAACACUUAAGAUGUGGAUACUCUGAAUUAUACUUGUGUGUACUGUAAGCCACACUUUUCAGGGUAAAUAAACACUACAUUGACAAAAUAGAUGAAACAACAUUCCAGGGUAAUGUAAAUGAAUUACAACUGAACGAAUGAAGUCUGAUGAAAGAAUCAGUGAAGCCCUAAGACACAGUAACAUUAUGGGGACUGUGUAGCCCUCUGCUUCAGGUCAACACAUUGAGGGCUACAGCACAUCAUACAAACAGUCUCAGGAAUUAUGCACUUCUAAAUUAUUAACAAUCUUUUAAAACUAGGUUUUUAUUCAUAUUUCUACAAUUAAUACAACAAAACUUUUCUAAAUGCUAUCAGACAACAUCUGCAUCCUUUCUUACACAGGAAACCCAUCAGGAAACACCAUAUAGAUAAAAAGGAACAUCAAGUAUUGUCAAUCAGUACAAACAUGAGAAAGUUAAUGUGUUAUUAUAUACACAUUCUCAAGACUAGUUUGAUGGCAAGAAAAUCCCUUUAAUCUGCAGAGUUACGGAAAAACAGACCCAUAACCCUACUUUUGUGGCCACUUCCUUGUAUCGAAACCUAAACCAGCCAUCUUGCCUGAAACGUUGGUGCUAUCAACCCUCAUCAUGGGUUGCAUUGAAUCAGUGACAAGGUCAUUUACCAGGCAAGUUCAGAUAAAUAUUUCAGAGGAGAUGGAAGCAAGGACCUACAGACAGCUCACACACUCUUCCAAUUGGCAGGAAGGGACACCAUCUGUGGUGGCAGAGAGCAAAGCCUGGAGGUUGUGACACUUUACAUACCUGCUGUACUGUCACUCUAGCACACUACUACCACCAGCGCCACCUGUCCUAACCUCACAUGUAGGGCUGCAUUCAAACCAGUGGCAUGGGGGGUUUGGAGAGGUAACAGGCCCAGGUUUACGUCAUCAGGUCUGGCACCGCCGACUCUUGAGACAAAGGGACCCGUCUAAACAUUUUAACGAGACCGGCUGUGUUGAAAGUUUUAUAAACAAGGGCUUUAUAGUUUCAGCACAGUGUCUUAGUCUCCUUCAUCCCCCUUCACCAUAGAAACAAAAACAUAACAUACCGCUAUCCCAGUAUUUAUCUCCCUAACAGAACGUAGUGACCAUGUUUGUUGCUCAAGGACCUAAUCAAACCUUUAACCUUGUUGUGCCAAUGGGUGAUACGCAGUGCCGUCAACUUCACUAGCCUGAAAAUGAUGCAGCAACC